UCGCUGACGAGACGUUGAUACGCACGUGUGGAGGAAGAAAAGUUUGCAGUCAUUGGUAUAAACACGUCGUUAGCUAGCACAUUUUAUGCAAGGAGGGCUUUUAAAUGGUAAGUAAGCUGUUAUUUCCUUUGUCAACUGUGUAACUUGUUUGUAUGUGAUGUCCUUUCUAGCUAGAAGUUAACUGAAGUUUCAGACAUCUAGCUAAUAAGUGGCCAAAUAGCUAGCUACCUAUUAUAGCCUAGCAGUAGCACGUCAUUGCCCCGUAUAGAUAUGAUUUCGCUAAUGCUACCAAGCUGGCUGCACUUGUUCAGUCAAUAUAUUUCAUGACGUGUUCAAAAUGAAAUUGUCAUCUGGUAGUAAAUCACAUUUUAAUUGUCACGUGCUUCGUAAACAGGUUUAGAAUAACAGUGAAAUACUUACUUACGGGCACUUCUCUACCAGUAACGUUCGCUAGCUAGUCAACUAGAAAGCUAUAACUUAAACGUUACAGCGAUUUGUUUUUCCUUUGUCAUCAGACUAGUCAAGUCAUGAAAUGUAUCUCGUUGACGAAAGUCCUGUUCAUCCUACCAUACAGAUGUAAAAAUAAAUAUAUAUGCAUUUUCAUGCAGUGAUAGCGAUGUGUACACAUGAAACAUAGCUAGCUAGUAAGCUACCACUGCAUGUAGCCAAGUCUGUAGCUAACGUUAACCCAUAAUGUGAAAGUGGUUACAUUUGGGAUUAACUACUUACUUUUUUAUGCUCAGGUUGACUUUAGAAUGAAUCUUCCUGUUAACUACGACGACGAACCUUCUGUGGCAGCCUUUCCUGUCCCCACAAAAGUUCAUGGUAAGUGGAAAAAUGGAGGUGACGUUAGUCUCAAGUCUGAAAGGUGAAGAUAUCAUUCAAUGGUACACAUCUGCAAUAGUUACUGUUGUUCAAUGGUCAUUUCAAUAAAUUAUAUAAAGCCAUUGAUUCUUGAAGAAUAGUAAUGCUAGGGGAGCCACUGUCAGCUAAUCUUCUUGUUUAUCUUUCUAGCUACCACCAUGUCCUCCUACACCUGCAUCAGCUGUCGUGUGGCCUUUGCAGAUGGCGAGGUCCAGCGUGCUCACUACAAAACCGACUGGCACCGUUACAACCUGAAACGCAAAGUUGCAGACAUGCCCCCUGUGACCGCAGAGAACUUCCAGGAGCGUGUGCUAGCGCAGCGGGCCACCGCCGAACAACAGGAGACUGGCGCCACUGUCAGUGAGGGCUGUGCCACGUGCAACAAGAAGUUUUCCAGCUCCAAUGCCUAUCAGAACCACCUGCAGUCCCACAAGCACCAGCAGGCGGAGAAGCAGGCCUUGCUGGCAGCCCAGAGGAAAGUGGAGAGGAUGAAUGAGAAAAACCUGGAGAAGGGCCUCGGGGACGACUGCAAAGUGGACCACAAUGCCAAGAACGAAGCACUGCAGCAGGCCCUAAAGCCACCGCAGCGGCCCAAUCCGGAAAAGGAACAGGCUUCCGGGGCGGAGGGGCCAGCAGCGGAUAAGGCCAAGCUGGAGAAACCGCCCAGGCUGCAGUGGUUUGAGGGGCAGGCGAAGAAGAUGGAGGGAGAGGAAUUGGCCACAGCAGAGGAAGGUAUGAUGUCUGAUAUGUAGUCUGACUCAAGUAGGCCUGAAUUAACUUGUGAUGUGUAGGAUCUGUCUGGAUUGCAUGGAGAGGUGGCCAAGAAUGUGUCAACUUCUGUCAAGAUUAUUGUAAUAUCAAAACGCCAUCACUUUUUGUCAGCGUUGCUGUGGUUGUCUUGGGUCUUCUCUGUUUGUCUCCAUUGUCACUCAGUCAGUUUCUUUAUUGCAGAAGAGUGGGAGGAUGUGGAUGGCGAGGGCGACGAUGACAUGGAUGAUGACUUCGAUGAAGAUGCUGACGAAGCCAUGGAGCACGAGGAAGGGGAUGGUGCUGCUUCGGCCUCCCACCCCCCCGCCUUUCUACCAGGGGCCAUCCCUGCCACGGACUGUUUGUUCUGCCCCCACCACUCUCACUCACUACUCAAGAACCUGGCUCACAUGACCAAAGUGCACAGCUUCUUCCUGCCUGACCUGGAAUUCCUAAUCGACCUCAAGGGACUAAUUUGCUACCUGGGUGAGUGGAAGUCAGUUACAGUGUCAUAAGGUCCUCCAUUGUUCUACGAAGAGUUGCUGAAUCUCUUUCCACCGUCAGCUUGCUCAAUGGUUCAUGCACCUUGGUUGGAAAGUGAGGUGGCAACAGCAUUUCUUUUUCUCUAAUCUUUUGUCUUGACUAGGGAAAAUAACCUGUAGCUAGGGUCUAGAGUUUUUCCUGGUCAGGUUUUCAGAUGUGAAACUGAAUGUUUUUCUGACCAUGUAUCCUAUGUCUUCAAAGAGCACCUUGGUUGAACCCCCUAGCAAAAAAAUAUUAUGAAUACCUGUUGUCUUCCUAUUUUUUCUUUUUUUUUAGCCAGGGAAUCAUGCUGAGACCACUGACUCUUUUGCAGAUGAGUCCUGCAAGAACACAUCAAUAAACAGCAAUUACACUAUACAUGUCUAUGUACACAUCAGUUACACAAUGCAUGAAAAGCAAACCCAAAACAUGAAAAGCAAAACAAUUGUAUGAAACAAAUGCUUUCUUCAGUAAAAAGGCCCUCUAUCAUCCACCUGUAUUGCCCUACAGGCACCAACUUUAAAGGAGUUUGAAAUCAUUCCAUAUGACAUGCAAAAAAAACUAAAAGCAAAUUUACCUAACUGUGGAGAUUGAAGGGAUCUCCAGGGUUAGCCAUCUCUGGAUCUGGUAACUUACAUAUCUGAAGGUAAACAAUGAGGUAAGGUAUGGCAGGCAUUUAUGCCAUACCUUCUCUCAUUUUUAAGCUACAGGCAUGGUUGUUUUAGAGUCUGUUUUUUUGGAGUCUGUCUUGCAUCAUUUCUCUGCUAUUGAAAUCACUUGUCCUUUCUUUGUGUUGCAGGAGAGAAAGUGGGCGCUGGUAAGGUGUGUCUGUGGUGUAAUGAGAAAGGCCGAUCCUUCUACUCCACUGAGGCCGUACAGGGCCACAUGACCGACAAAAGCCACUGCAAGCUCUUCACCGACGGAGACGCGUCACUGGAGUUUGCCGACUUCUACGACUUCAGGUAGAUGUCGUCAAAUACCAGGGCUCCUAUAGUCUUCCUUUUUCACACUCCUGAGCUGAGCCAAGCUGUACUGAUUGUAAUUAUAUAUUAGCAAUUUCUCAAGCGGCCAUUUUGUGAAAUGCUGUUUGUAGGACAAGUUAUCCUGACCAGAAAGAGGGAGAGGAUGCUGAGAUGGAGGAUGAAGCGUUGCCGGACGGGAAGAACAUAGACUACGAUGACGAUACGCUGGAGCUCACCCUUCCCUCAGGUGAAAUAAAAAAAAAAAAAUCACAUGCUUCGUAAACAUCAGGUGUAGACUAACAGUGAAUUGCUUACUUCCCAACCAUGCAGAAUAAAAAGUUAAACACUAGGAAUAAAUACACAAUGAGGAAUGAUAGCUUGGCUAUAUACAGUGAAUUCGGAAAGUAUUCGGACCCCUUCCCCUUUUCCACGUUUUGUUACGUUACAGCCGUAUUCUAACAUUUAUUAAAUUAAUAUUUCCCUCAUCAAACUACACAAUACCCCAUAAUGGCAAAGCGAAAACAGUUUUUUAGAAUUUUAGUGCAAAUGUAUUAAAAAUAAAAGAAACAGAAAUACCUUAUUUACAUAAGUAUUCAGACCCUUUGCUAUGAGACUCGAAAUUGAGAUCAGGUGCAUCCUGUUUCCAUUGAACAUCCUUGAGAUGUUUCUACAACUUGAUUGGAGUCCACCUGUGGUAAAUUCAAUUCAUUGACAUGAUUUGGAAAGGCACACACCUGUGUAUAAAAGGUCCCACAGUUGACAGUGCAUGUCAGAGCAAAAACCAAGCCAUGAGGUAAAAGGAAUUGUCCGUAGCGCUCCGAGACAGGAUUGUGUCGAGGCACAGAUCUGGAGAAGGGUACCAAAACAUUUCUGCAGCAUUGAAGGUCCCCAAGAACAGUGGCCUCCAUCAUUCUUAAAUGAGGCCAAACUGAUUUAAUCGGGGGAGAAGGGCCUUGGUCAGGGAGGUGACCAAGAACCCGAUGGUCACUCUGAAAGCGCUCCAGAGUUUCUCUGUGGAGAUGGUUGUCCUUCUGGAAGGUUCUCCCAUCUCUGCAGCACCACCAAUCGGGCCUUUAUGGUAGUGGCCAGACAGAAGUCACUCCUCAGUAAAAGGCACAUGACAGCCCGCUUGGAGUUUGCCAAAAGGCACCGAAAGACUCUCAGACAAUGAGAAGCAAGAUUCUCUGGUCUGACGAAACCAAGAUUGACCUCUUUGGCCUGAAUGCCAAGCGUCACGUCUGGAGGAAACCUGGCACCAUCCCUACGGUGAAACAUAGUGGUGGCAGCAUAAUGCUGUGUGAAUUAUUUCCAGUUACUGGGAAACUAGUCAGGAUCGAGGGAAAGAUGAACAGAGCAAAGUACAGCGAGAUCCUUGAUGAAAACCUGCUCCAGAGCGCUCAGGACCUCAGACUGGAUGAAGGUUCACCUUCCAACAGGACAAAGACCCUAAGCACACAGCCAAGACAACGUAGGAGUGGCUUCAGGACAAGUCUCUGAAUGUCCUUGAGUGGCCCAGCCACAGCCCGGACUUGAACCCAAACGAACAUCUCUGGAGAGACCUGAAAAUAGCUGUGCAGCAACGCUCCCCAUCCAACCUGACAGAGCUUGAGGAUCUGCAGAUGUGCCAAGCUUGUAGUGUCAUACCCAAGAAGACUCUGCUGUAAUCGCUGCCAAAGGUGCUUCAACAAAGUACUGAGUAAAGGUCUGAAUACUUUAUGUAAAUGUGGUAUUUCAGUUUUUUAUUUUUUUAUAAAGUUGGGGGGGGGGGCAGAUGGGCCGAGAACAGAGAGGAGAGAAAAAACAAGAAAAUCAAGAUGGCAGCUGUACAGAACUUAUCCAAAGGGCUUCGACGACUCAAACACGGCAGAAAGUUAACACUGAUGCCCCGUCAUCUUAUUAAUUCAGCCACUUAACUUAGAUAGCAAGUUUAACUUAGGGGUCGUGUAAACGCAGAAUUCAGCGUUUUUCACGCAGGAAAAAAAAAACAACGCAUAAAAUAUCUUGCUGCAUUUUGUAAAUACAGAUCUAAAAUGCUUAUUGUAAAUUCUGCUCGGUAUCAGACUAUUUUUGUGCUUCAGUUACACUUCUACAUUCACGAACGGGCAUUCUAUCAGCAGACAGCGCUGACUUAUAUAAUAAUAAUAAUAUGCCAUUUAGCAGACUCUUUUAUCCAAAGCGACUUACAGUCAUGCGUGCAUACAUGUAAUUUUUUUUGUGUAUGGGUGGUCCCGGGGAUCGAACCCACUACCUUGGCGUUACAAGCGCCGUGCUCUACCAGCUGAGCUACAGAGGACUUAUGUGUAGUUACUUUUCUACAGUACUUUUCCAAGAUUAACUUGACGCAAAACAUUAGGAAAUGUAGCUGGCUAUAUUCUUUGUAUGAUAAACAUUACAAAUAUGAUGGCCAUGCAUCGUUUUUUGCAAAAAAAUACCAUGCUUUUUCAUUGUAUGCUAAUUUCUUGUGUGGCUGCCAGCUAAUGAAAAUGAAGCUACUUUCUGCCAAAUGUUUCACAAAUGUAUUUUCUGUGAAGGAAAAACUAUAGUUACACGUCCCUGAUGACUAUUGAAGCAAAAAAAAAAAAAAAGACUUUCAAUAUAAAACGCGGCCACUGUCCAUAGACAGAUGUGCUCGCCUGCUCCUGCUUUCUCCCGUUCUGCUAUUUACAAACACAUGACUGGCUUAACUGUUCUGGGGAACUAUGGUAAGCUUCAAAAUGUAAAAUGUGACCGGUGAAAUGAAGAAUGCAAUAUGCUUUAUCUCCUAACGUCUUGCACAAGUUGACUGCAGGUAUUUACUUAAAGUAGCUACAAGUAUUGAAAAACUUCAAAUAAAUAGUUUCAACGGUAUAGACUGUAUUGGGAAAAACCAUCCUGUGGCUGUUUGUAAAUACCCCGGUAUAUGGUAUACCGCCCUAGUACGCACUACCCUCUGUAGCACCUUGCGGUCAGAUGCUGAGAAGUUGCCAUACCAAGCGGUGAUGCAGCCAGUCAAUGGUGCAGCUGUAGAAAUUUGAGGACGUGACAAAUAUUUUCAGCCUCCUGAGGGGGAAGAGGCGUGGUCGUGCCCUCUUCACAACUGUUGGUGUGUUUGGACCAUGAUCAAUGUGGACACCAAGGAACUUCAAGCUCUCGACCCGCUCCACUACAACCGCGUCAAUUUGAAUGGAGGUGUGUUUCGGCCCUCAGUUUCCUGUAGUCCACGAUAAGCUCCUUUCUUGCCUACGUUGAGGGAGAGGUUGUUUCCUGGCACCACACUGUCAGGUCUGACCACCUCCCUAUAGGCUGUCUCAUCAUCGUUGGUGAUCAGGCCCACCACCGUCGUGUCAUCAGCAACCUUGAUGAUGGGGGUUGGAGUCUGCGCGUCCACGUAGUCGUGGGUGAACGGAGUACAGUAAGGGACUAAGCACGCACCCCUGAGGGGGACCCCAUGUUGAGGGUCAGGGUGGUGGAUGUAUUUGUAUUUAUUAAGGAUCCCCAUUAGCUGCUGCAAAGGGGUCCAGCAACAUUAAGGCGGUUAUAUACUAUUUUAAUAUUACAUGACAUUUCAUGACACUUUUCACAACACAUUAAGUGUGUUCCCUCAGGCCACUACUCUAUCACAUAUCUACAAUACAAAAUCCAUGUGUACGUGUGUCUUCAGUCCCUGCUGUUCCCUCAGAUGUUUUUUAAAUCUGAUUCUACUGCUUGCAUCAGUUACCUCAUGUGAAAUAGAGUUCCAUGUAGUCAUGACUAAGUAGUACUGUGCGCCUCCCAUAGUCUGUUCUGGACUUGGGGAUUGUGAUGAGACCUCUGGUGGGGUGUGCAUGGGUGUCCGAGCUGUGUGCUAGUAGUUUAAACCAAAACCCUGGUGCAUUCAGCUUGUCAACACUUACAAAACCAAGUAGUGAUGAAGUCAAUCUCUCCUCCGCUUUGAGCCAUUAGAGAUUGACAUGCAUGUCAUUGUUAGCUCCCCGUGUACGUUUAAGGGCCAGCCGUGCUGCCCUGUUCUGAGCCAAUUGUAAUUUUCCGAAGUUUCUCUUUGUUGCACCUGACCACACGAUUGAACAGUAGUCCAGGUGCGACAAAACUAGGGCCUGUAGGACCUGCCUUGUUAAUAGUGGUGUUAAGAAGCCAGAGUAGCGCUUCAUGGACAGACUUCUCCCCAUCUUAGCUACUGUUGUAUCAACAUGUUUUGACCAUGACAGUUUACAAUCCAGGGUUACUCCAAGCAGUUGAGUCACCUCAACUUGCUCAAUUUCCACAUUAUUCAUUACAGUAUUUAGUUGAGGUUUAGUGAAUGAAUUGUCCCAAAUACAAUGCUUUUAGUUUUUGAAAUAUUUAGGACUAACUUAUUCCUUGCCACCCAUUCUGAAACUAACAGCAGCUCUUUAAGUGUUGCAGUAAUUUCAGUCGCUGUAGUAGCGGACGUGUAUAGUGUUGAGUCAUCCGCAUACAUAGACACUUCUUGGUUAGCAGAAUUACUUUUGCUUCCCUCCAGGCCUGAGGGCACACACAUUCAAGUAGGCUUACAUUGAAGAUAUGGCAAAUAGUAGUGGCAAUAUCGUCCGCUAUUAUACUCAAUUUCACCUCUUCCGCAAUCACUUUAUGGAAUUCAAAAUUACAAUGCUCGUCUUUCAUAAUUUGAUCAGUUAUACUUGGAUGUGUAGUGACAGCGUUUUGCUGGCAUGUCAUGCCUAAAUUCGUUAAUCUUGCCAAAUCAGUGGGUUUUGUGAUGAAUUGCCAUCUGUUUCAAUGAAUGAUGGAGCUAAGUUUGCGUUUCUGCACAACAUUUAAUUUAAGGUACUCCAAAGCGUUUUACUAUCAUUCAUUAUAUUGUAUCUUUGUUUCAUAGUAUAGUUUAUUUUUAUUCAGUUUAGUCACAUGAUUUGUCAAUUUGCAGUAUGUUUGCCAAUCGGUCGUGCAGCCAGAUCUAUUUGCCAUACCUUUUGCCUCAUCCCUCUCAACCAUACACUUUUUUCAAUUCCUCAUCAAUCUAAGGGGAUUUAACAGUUUUUAGUCAUUUUCUUAAUGGGUGUAGGCUUAUUAGUAACUGGAAUAAGCAAUUUCAUAAAUGCAGCGUCUGGUUGCUCCUCAUUACACACCACAUACCAACAAAUAUUCUUGACAUCAACAACAUAGGAAUCACUGCAAAACUUAUUGUAUGACCUCUUAUACACUAUAUUUGGCCCAGCCUUUGGAACUUUGGUUUUCCUAGAUAUGGCUACUGUAUUGUGAUCACUACGUCCGAUGGAUUUGAAUACUGCUUUAAAGCAAAUUCCUACAGCAUUAGUAAAGAUGUGAUCAAUACAUGUUGACGAUUUCAUACCUGUGCUGUUGGUAACUACCCUGGUAGGUUGGCUGCAGGCACUAGUUACAAUUUGAAGCUUUUUCUCGAGUGGGCAGCUUGAUGACAGCCAGUCAAUAUUUGAAUCACCCAGAAAGUAUACCUCUGUUGAUGCACAAAUUAUCAAGCAUUUCACACGUUAUCCAGAUAAUGAACCUUUAGCCAUAUUACUUCAACAGUGUUUAAUGUGAGAUCCUCUAAGCUUUACAGGAAUGUGGUUGAGUAUAAACAGCAACACCUCCACCAUUGGCAUUUCUGUGUUGCCUACCCUCACCACCUGGGGGCGGUCCAUCAGGAAGUCCAAGAUCCAGUUGCAGAGGGAGGUGUUCAGGGACCUUAGCUUAGUGAUGAGCUUGGAGGGCACUAUGGGGUUGAACACUGAGCUGUAGUCUAUGAACAGCAUUCUCACGUAGGUGUUCCUUUUGUCCAGGUGGGACAGGGCAAUGUGGCGUGCAAUAGAGAUUGCGUCAUCUGUGGCACUAUUUGGGCAGUAUGCGAAUUGGAGUGGGUCCAGGUUUUCUGGUAUGAUGGUGUUGAUGUGAGCUAUUUCAACUAAUACAUAUUUUUCUUACCUCCCGCUGUUUUUCCUCAGGUGCUAAGAUCGGCCACCGCUCUCUGAUGCGAUACUACAAGCAGCGUUUCGGUGCACCCAAGACUGUGGCAUUGGCCCACAACAGGAACGCAGUGGGUCGGGUACUCAGGCAGUACAAGGCCCUGGGAUGGGGCGGAGAUAUGGGUAAGGGUCAACACUACACAUAAACUACGGUCAUGCAGGGUUGUACCUACACAUUCACUACUGAGCUCUAUACUUGAGUGAACCUAUACAUUACUUAACACUGUGCAUAUAGAAAUGAAUAAGCCAGUCUAUACAUUAAUUGAGCUUCAUUUAGGGAUGAUCCUGAGUGUUCACUAAAUUUGAUUUAGGGAUAAACCAAUAGUCUUUAUUUAAACCUUCAGUGUAUACCUUUUGUUCUACCCUUAUGGAAAACCAAUGCGGUACAAAAGCCCAGUGAUUAUAGCCUUUAUUAGGGGAGGGUUGUUGCAGCACUGAAUUAAACUUUGUGCUACAUUUUCACCCCGUCAGAUUGCAUCGUCCUGUUUUUGAUUUGUUUAUUUAAACGAAUAAAGAAAAAAGGGAACUUAUUUAUGGUUUGGAUAAGUCCUUGACCCACUAGAUUUGUCAUGUAGUUUCACUGAAACUUCCAAUUUUCCACAAUGAAAAUAUCUUCCUGUUUUUUGUUGAUCUCCCACGGGACUGUAUUUUGAAGGUAUUUGAUCAAGGACGGUAUGGGACAUGUGACCACAGCAGUAACUUGCAAAACACUGUAUACAAUGAAUUGCUGAAUGGCUGACUGAUUUAUUGAUGAAUGGGUUUGGUCAUUCAUUCAUCCUCUCAUUCCUUGCUCUCUGUCUAGGUAAAAACUCUUUCCAUCAGAACCAGAAGGACAUGAAGUUUGUCCAGAAGAUGAAGUCGAGGUGGAUGCUGAAGAUAGGCAUGAGCAACAACUCCAACAAACAGACCCACUUCAGGCUCCAAGUCAUGUUCUAGUCCCCAGACAGAAAAUGCAGUGUCAGAUCCCAAUAUACCUGACUCAUAUCAUUGGACAGUCCCUAAACCUUUUACGGCUAACCUAUUUUACCCCAUUCAAAGAUGUCUGUUGUAAACAUUCAGCACUCAUUGUUAUAUCUACUGUAUAUCUCAAAGGACUUCACCAUGACAUAAUUAUGUUCAGAGCUGUUAAUAUCUACUGGAAAAUGCAUGUAUUUCAUAUUCUAUUCAUGAUCUGAGGUCGAGUACAAAAUACUGAGUUACUGCUUUGUAUUUUGACAAAGAUGGCUGUAUAUUUCACAUCCUCAUGAAAUUCUGACCAAGAUAAUUAUUUUCUCAAUCUAAUUCCAUACUGUAAUUCCACCAAAUAAUUGUUUAUAAAAUACAAUUGAGGUUGAGUAAUAAACGUGAAUAAUUAAUCGUUAUGUUUGUCAACUUUUUUAUUUCACAAUUUGACAAAUUAACUGAUUCUACGGGUAAAAAUGCAACUUUUUGCAUUUCAUUUUUUUGUUAGAUUUGAUUGAUGGCAAUUUCUGAAUGCCCCCUUGUGUUGUAUGUGAGUUAUUGAGGUUAUGGGUAUUAUGAAAAGCAAAGCACAAACAGAGGGAUCAGGCACUUUGAUAUUGUUGCUAAAUCUGGAUGUGAUCUGGGAUUAGAACCCAGGUCCAUCGACUGUCAAGCCAACACCUUAACUGUUACGCCAAGAGGUCUGAAACUCUAAAUGAGUUUGCUAGGUGUUGUGUUAAGGUCGCUACAA